UGGGAUAUCUGGGAUUUUCCUCAGUACCUGUUGCUCUGUGGUAAACCAAGUGUCUCCGGCUGGGUUGGAGAGCGUUUCCCUGGGAGAGGCGGCCGGGCAGAGCGAGCUGAUGAACGAGGACAUCCGGAUCCAUUCCUGGCCUUGCUCCUACUACCUGGACACCAGCAAGCAAUGGAUCCCUGGCAAGCUCUCCCUGACUGCCACUUCCAUCAGAUUCAGGGCUGACAAAACGGGAGAGCUCCUGGUGGAUUUCCAUCUUUCCGGCAUCAGCGAGAUCAAGAAGGAAUCUUCCCAUUUGAUCUUCAGCUCCCUCACCGUCCUGGAGAAAGGCACCAAGCACUGGUUCAGCUCGCUGCAUCCCAACAGGAAUGUGGUGUUCAACAUCCUGGAGCAUUUCUGGAGGGAGCAGCUGGUGUCCAGCCAGGAGGGGGGAGCGGGAGCGGCCUUGGAGUCCAGCAAGGGCAGGGAAUUGACGGGGAUGUUGGAGGGAUCCCAGAAACGCCUGGAGGACACGGCCAGGGUGCUGCACGCCCAGGGGGAGCAGUUCGACAACAUCAUGAGGGGACUGCACAAGAUCGAGGGGGACAUGGAUGUGGCUGACAGGCUGCUAACAGAGCUGGAAUCUCCCUCCUGGUGGCCCUUCAGCACCAAACUCUGGAAAUCCCCUGUGGAAGCAAAGCCCAAGGAAACCCCCGCAGCUCCAGAUCCCAAAAGCCAGGAGGGAAUCCUGCUGCGAAUCCCGGUGAUCAUCACGCACAGGACAGACUCCAGCGCCAAACCCGGCAAACUCACGGUGCUCCCCUCGGGCCUGGAGAUCCAGGAUUGCAAUUCCCAGCUCCUGCACCGCUUCGAGGCGCGGGACGUGGACGACAUCUGGGUGCACACUCCCUACGAGAUCAGCGUGCGGCAGCGCUUCAUCGGCAAACCCGACACCUCCUUCCGGCUCCUGGCCGCGCGCAUGCCCGAGGCCAUCCCCAUCCUGGAGAUGCAGUUCAGCAAGAAAAUCCAGUUCUUGGAGGAUGCUCUCGGCUUUGCCGGAGCCAGGAAGUCCCCUCAGGCGGAUCUGGGGACGUCCAUGUGGCAGGCAGCCACAGGAUUCCUGGGGGCCGCGGCGAGUCCCGAAGGGCCGGACAAGGAGCAGGUGCAGCUGCAGAAAGUGUCCCAGGAGGAGGCCAAGGAGCUCCGGCAGAUCCUGAAGAAGCUGAAGGGCCUGGCGCUGGAGACGGAGGCGGAGCUGGAGCGGCAGGACGAGGCGCUGGAUUCCAUCGGCAGCUCCGUGGAUCGCGCCACGCUCACCAUCGAGCGGCAGAACCGCAGGAUGAGGAAGCUGACGUAGCUUCCCGCCGGAGCAGGAGGGUGGGGGAGCCGGGAUGUUCAGGACUGGAUUUUCCAGAGACGCUUUGGGAAGGGUUUGGGAUGAGGUUUGGAAAAUGGCGCUGCUGGGGGUGAGCUCCUGAGAGGAUUGAAGCGGUUUCCUGGACUUGGAUGGUGGUUGGAUCUUGGAUGAGGUUUGGAUUUUGGAUGAUAUUGGAUCUUGGAUGCAAUUGGAUCUUGGAUGAUGGUUGGAUCUUGGAUGAGGUUUGGGUCUUGGACAGUGUUUGAACAUUGAAUCACAGUUGGACCUUGGACAGUGUUUGGAUUUUGGAUGAUGGUUGGAUCUUGGACCAUAGUUGGAUCUUGAAUGGUUGGAUCUUAGAUGAAGGUUGGACCUUGGAUAAUGUUUGGAUCUUGGAUGAAGUUUGCAUGUUGGAGGAUGGUUGGAUCUUGCAUAAUGAUUGGAUCUUGGAUGGCUGGAUCUUGCACUGUGGUUGGAUCUUGGAUAAUGCUUGGAUCUUGGAUGGUUGGAUCUUGGACCAUGAUUGGAUCUUAGAUGAUUGGAUCUUAGAUGAAGGUUGGACCUGGGAUAAUGUUUGGAUCUUGGAUAAGGUUUGGAUCUUGGACAGUGUUUGGAUUUUGGAUGAUGGUUGGAUCUUGGAUGGUUGGAUCUUAGAUGAGGGUUGGAUCUUGGAUGAAGUUUGGAUCUUGGACAGUUUUUGGACCUUGGAUCACAUUUGGAUCUUGGAUCACGUUUAGAUCUUGUAUGAGAGUUGGAUCUUGGACAGUGUUUGGAUAUUGGAUGAUGGUUGGAUCUUGGAUGGCAGUUGGAUCUUGGAUGAGAUUUGGAUGAUGGAUGGAUCUUGGAUGGCUGGAUCUGAGAUGAGGACCUUGGAUCACAUUUGGACCUUGGAUGAGGUUUGGAUCUUGGAUGGUUGGAUUGUGGAUAAUGAUUGGAUUUUGGACCACGGUUGGAUCUUAGAUGGUUGGAUCUUGGAUAACCUUUGGAUCUUGGAUGAGGUUUGCAUGUUGGAUGGUGGUUGGAUCUUGGAUCGUGGUUGGAUUGUGCAUGAUGGUGGGAUCUUGGAUGAGGUUUGGAUCUGGGAGAGUGUUUGGAUUUUGGAUGAUGGUUGGACCCUGGAUGAGGUUUGGAUCUUGGAUGAGGUUUGGAAGCUUUUUUUGGGGGGAAAGAUCCAAAUUUCCAUUCGGGAUGAAACAGAACUUGUGGGUUCUCCACUGCCAAACCCUGUAAAUAGGAAGGGAUGUGACAAAAGUGACUUAAUUCAUUAAUUAAUUCAUCAAUUAAUUACUGUGCUUUUUCAUUUUGCUGCUUUCCAGCCCAUGAAUUCCCUCUCCAGCUCUUUCCCUAAAAGCCUUUGGAGCUGAUCCUGAUUUUUAAAUUUAUUUGCACUCAGCGGUGAUGAAACAUUUCAAGCCUUUUCCAGAAUUCCUAAAACAAAAAAAAGGGAAUAUUUUCAAUUAAAGUCUGAAGUUUACACUUGGCUCUGUUGAGAGCAGAGAUUCCCCUCGGAAAUUUUUGAUAUUCUGUAGGAAAAAUUCCCAUUUCAUCAAUCCCUGCCUUCUCCAGCUCUUUUACCUCCAAGGAGCUGCCGUUAAAUAUUUAUUUUUAAAUUAUUUUUUUAUUUUAAUUUAAGUAUUUUUGGUGUCGCUUUCAAACCCGACACUUCCAGUGCAAUAUUUUUGAACAGUGAAGCUUCAAAUCCUUGGAUUCCGUGGGAAUUUUUCCCUUUUUUUUUUUUUUUUUCCUGUGGGAAUUUUUCCCAUUUUUUUGGAAUCCAGCCUAAUUUUGGGAGAAAAAGACACCGAACCAUGUUGAGGGUGUUGUUUGCAAGGUUUGUAUUUCUUCAGCUUAGUUAGGACUGGAGUAAAAUUUAUUCCAAGUUUUUCCUGGCAUGCACUUUAUUGGAAAAUCCGGUGAUAAUUCCAUAUCCAUCAAUGUUUUCCUGGGAAUAAAAUCCUCCUGGAGUUUCUCCUGAUGUUUCCCAACCCUCAAUCGCUGCUGGUUUACCGUGAGAGGAGAAGGAACAUCCUGCACCUCAUUUUUCCAUGGAUUUCCAAGUGGAUUUCGCACCAAAUCCGUGUUUGGUGAGGCUGGGAUGGGAUCUGGGAGUGGGGUGAGUCCAACCCAGAAUUCCCAAAAGGAAAUCUUGAGGAUUUGAGCGGUUUUGGGGUGUUCUUUGUGCCAUAUUUUUUAUUGUCGUGUGGUUUUAGCACCGACUCCGUAUUUUGUGGGUUGUGUUGAGUCCAACAUAUCCCAAAAAACGUGGAAUAUUCCUUGGGAAACCCAUCCUGGAGCUGUACAUUGGCUGAAUUCCAUGUGCCAGAAGGAUUUUCCACCUGUAAUUCCUUCUUAAUUAAAUCUCUUGGAAUUGUGA